AUGAUGUCUUGCACUGAGCUGAUCACUAUGUGUCUGCUAUCUCCCAAACAAUUCCAGAAGGACAAACCCAUCGAAGCCCCUCCACAACUAAUCAUAGACCAGGACCUGUCUAUAUUCAGGGAUAUAUUCAGGAGAGCAGACAAAAAUGAUGACGGCAAACUGUCCUUUGAAGAAUUCCAGAGCUAUUUUUCUGAUGGGGUUCUGAAUCAGGAGGAUCUGAAGAAAAUGUUCAUCCGGAUCGACAGCCAGCAAACCAAGAACAUGGAUACAGAGCUGCUAUGUGACUAUUUCUCUGAAUAUUUGGGGGAAUACAAGAAUGUUCUCACUGCCCUGCAGAAUCUGAAUGUAACUAUAUUGACAGCCAUGGAUAAAACCAAAAUGGACUAUGAGAAAGCCAAUCCCACCGAGCAGUUUGUAACACGUUUCUUGCUGCGGGAAACAAUGAAUCAGUUGCAUUCCCUGCAGAGCUCCUUGGAGUGCGCUCUGGAAGCUGUAGAAGCCCAGACUAGGCAAGACAGACAGGAUGUUGCAAAGCUAGAGCCUAAGAGGGUUGCGCGCAAAUGCAGUCGCCGUACCGACAAGUCCUCCAGCCUUGCGCCAACAGAUGCCUAUUCGGCUCUCCUGAGAACAGGUGUGCUGUCAGAUGGCGACACUCAGUGGUCGGUACAGAUCAAUCGCUUGGAGCAGCUCAUCGACAAGCUGGAAUGUACGAGUCCGCGGCUACAUCCGUUGCAGGAAGAUGUGACUUCUUGUACGACACAGAUGGAGAUCCUGGUGGCCCAGAGACAGCUUCCAAUCAAUGGAGUCUAUAUGGAUCAGUUCAAAGUGUCACUGAAGAGUUACAGUGAAUUCACGGCCACCCAAGAACACUGCUUACAUGUAUCCACCCGAGACCAUCACUCCCACCCAGGCUACAUCCUAUAUGAAAUAUGGAGAAAUGAGGAGUCUUGGAAGACUCAUCUCCAGUCUGCAGAGAGCAAAACGUUCCAGAGAGCCAUCAUUGAUUACCUUGAAGGUCCAGAACAGAUCAAGACCAUGCUUUUUCCAGCUGAUUGGUGGACUUUUGAACCAUAAGAACCUAUCUACCUGGAAAGACCUUCAUGGCCACCGUGCUAAAUCUCUGCUACCAAUAAUAGAUCAUCUUUCCCCCACAUCCACAUUCAGCAGUUUAAUCAGAUUCUCUCUUUCCUGGCAUACGUUGGUCUUAUACUUUACUUUAUAAAACACUGUAUCAUGAGAUAGACUAGAAGAACCUUGUACCUCCAUUUGCAUUAUUCAUGCUUUGUCUUGGAGUCCAUCAAACCCUUCCUAAAAAUAAUGUAUUUCUCUAAAAGUGACAAUGUGUAGAUUUAUGGGAGUGUGCUGAUGUGUAUGAGUAGGAAGUCCUCCUCCACUUGCAAAUUUAAUGAUCUCAGAACUUCCUGUUGGCUGAAACGUUCUUUGUGAGUCCAUCAG